CGCUGAGGUGGGCGGAGGCGGCGCCGGGUGGCCGAGCGGUCGCGGCGCCCAGUCGAGCAGAGGCACGAUGGAGCUCCGGUGCGCCGUGGUGCUGGCGCUCUGCGGAAUCGUCUCCGGUCAGAAGCCGGGCUUCAACGACCAUGCGCAGACGGAGUCGACAGUGAACAGUGCACCGGGCGGCAUGGUGUCCAUCCAGUGUUCGGUGCACCCCGGGGGCCGGGUGCUCUGGUACAAACAAGACGAGAAUGGUAAGAUGGAGGUGGCUCACGACUCGUUCUUGAUCCUCAGUGACAGCCGGUUUCAGCUCAAAUCGGACAACGGCGCCUACAUCCUUACGAUUCAGCCUACCGCUGAGGAGGACUCGGGGAUCUACAUGUGUGAGAGCAGCGACCAGCACGGCUCCACGUACAAACACACGUUCACGGUGAACAUCGGGGACGGAAACAGCGCCACUCGAGCUACUGCGGCUGCUUUCGGAACUAUUACUGCCGCCCUGCUGCUUCUGCUAUAGAUGUCAGCACCAGCAUCGGUUUCGUCUCUAGAGGACGAAGUGAAGCUGAAAUUGGUCGUGGUGCGUGGGAGAUCGCUGGAUGAGACGUGUCGACAGGUCUUUGGGUUAUGAAAGUGGCUCUGAAGGUUAACACCUGACUAUAAGAGGAUUCGUGACUGUACUUGUGAUGCCCUGCGUACCUGGUGAGUGACGAGGUCACAGAAAACGUUGUUUGGCCAUAACACCACGCUGAUGAUUGGUGGGUUGCGAGUGUUAGUGGCGCGUCCGAUGAACUUGACGGUAGGUAGGCAUGUGUUAAUGAGCUAAAUGUAAGCUAUGCUUCAGAAGCGUCUUCUGAGCUAUCAGUUGUGAGCACCUGAACAUUGAGCUUUUGCACAAGCAUCUCGAUUGCGUAAUUUGUUUCGAUGCACGAGCAUCCAGCAUCCUAGAUUUAUAUUCGUCACAAAGCCAUGGUAGGAGUUUAAAUGUUUUAAAUUACAUUUAGCUAAUGCGAUGAUGUGCCUUCUGCUCACUGUGCUGACUUUCUUGUCCUUUUAUCUUCAGAACUUAUCCAUUCUAUUCCUUGGGCAGCUGUAUCGGGAUGACGAUUAGGGGAGAGUGGGGUAAUUUGGCCGCUUUUUUUAGAAAACGAUGUAACUAAAAAUCGACAACACAUUUCUGCAUUUUCUCAACGCUGACAGGUGUGGCAUACAUUUUACUUUCUUGGACAGUAAACUUGAAAUGAUAGAGUAACUACUUGUAUUGAAAUUGUGACGUAUUACAAAGGUCUGCAAAGCGGCCAAAUUGCCCCACUAGCAGGGUUAUUUGGCCGGGGGUGUGGGGCAAUUUGGCCGGUGUUAGUUUGAGGCCAUGAUUUUUGUUCUAGGCGAGUCAGCUUCACAUUCAGCAAUGACGCGUGUCCUACGACGCAUUUGAAGCAUUUUGGAGGUUGACUCAGCCGUCAGAGGGGUCGAAAAUAGUCAAAAUAACGGCUCUAGAUGCGAUGACAGUUUUUUACGAAUAGCUUUUAAAGUAAUCAAGCUACGCCAAAACUAAAAGUACCAUCGUAAUUCUCUCGUCAUUCCGCAUCGAAACAUGUAUGCGUUGACCUCGAGAGGUCAAGGUCAAAGGUUGGCUUCAGGUCACGUUACCUCAGGUCGCUUGACCUCAAGGUUACGUGAGUUCAAGGUCAUCAUGUAUACCAUUUGAUGCGCCUUGACGAGCUGAACACAAUGAUACCAUUUGCGCGGCUGUAUCUUUUUUCUGUAAGUAUUUAUUAGCAAAAAAGCGUUAGGUAACCUUUGAUGACGUCACAUGCCCUUACAGCUGUCCAAUAGGAAAUAUGGCAUCAAGGUAGUCAAAGUUGAUCAUGAAUUAUGUCCUUUAUGGUAUAAUUGACCAUGACAACUCGGCCGUCCCAGCAAAGUGACUCUGAGCGCACCGGCCAAGUUGCCCCGCUAGUCCCGGCCAAAUAACCCCACAUUGCCAUUCUGAAAUUUUUUGUUUAUAAAGUCGUCAUGGCUGUACAGAACUAGAUGAAAUUGCUCUUGGAACCGCUGAACACCCUCAAAAAUGGCGCUAUAAUGUUGGAAUUCGUUUACAGCCCAAAUACUACAUGUUAUACAAAUUUUUAAACGGAAGUAAAAGUUACCAUUUUCUAACGAAAUUCACCUUUUAUUAAUUUUGAAUAAAACUAAGCGGGGGAAAGUUUUGACAUUUGUUCUCGAGUUAGUUCUGCCGACGACAAAUGAAUAGAGACUAAAGUUAUUUCAUUCACUUUUAUCAGCUUUCGUAUGUACAGGUGGGGGCGGCCAAUUUACACCACCGGCCAAAUUACCCCACUCUCCCCUACUGCAACACAGCCAGUGCGGUCAGCCUGGGUGACCGUUUAUCCGUCUGGGAGGCUAUUGGCCUGUUUCACUACUCCGGUAGCUAUUUCUCACACGGAACUGGCAUAGCAACAGCGACAUUUCAGUUGCUGGUCAAAUCAACUCUGUGUCCCCUUUAUCCAUUCAGCACACGGUCCAAACAUGGAUAUAGUUAGGUGCACUAUCCGUCAAAGCAAAAACAAAGUGCAUGAAACUGUGUGCAUUUAUUCAAAGACUAAUGAGAUGAGCAUUAAAUUUAUCCGCAUAUCUAAAAUGAGGAAUAACCUUGCAGUGUUUGAAAUAAGACGCCGGUGUCAUGGGCCGAAUUAUAUUACGUAUUUGGUAGUUAACCGAAUGCUAGCAAUAAGUGUGAGUGAUAAUUACGAGUACGUCACAGCAUGGGAGUAAAGUAGCCGUCGUUAGAAAGUGUAUUGCAUAUCAUGAUCACACAAGUAUGGAUGUAGCCUUGCCUGCCAGCCUUACCUGCCUUACCUACCUACCACCUUCCAUUCACUCACCUAAAUCAAUGCAUUUAGUUUACCACACUAACAUGUUCGCGUAUCUUUUACUUUUCUUGCUGACCCGAUGUAACGGAAACUGCAUUUAGCUUAUGUUACGCCUGCUAUCGUAGAGGUACGGUUAGCUAUUUUCGAUUAGUUGGUGUAUGAUUUUUUGUCGUUUACCUAGAAGUAGGAGGAGAAAUUAGUAGGAACCUAAGCGAAAAUUGUCCGGUAUCGUGUGUAGGUAACGCGUAUUACAGUAACGUUAAUUAAAGUUACGGUAUUUGAUUUGGCUUGUGAUGUGAUAAUUUAUCGUGUAUUGCAAUGUGAUAAAAUACACCUAGUUUACUAGAUGUU